AUGCGGAUACGACAAAAAAAUGAUCAAUUUGCCAAUGAAGUCAUUAUCCAAUCACAAGUGAUCCACAAAAACAUUGUGAAGCUAAUAGGUUGUUGCCUUGAAGUUGAUAAGCCGAUGCUUGUUUAUGAGUUUGUCUCCAAAGGUAGUUUGGACGAUAUUCUUCAUGGAAGCAGUUGUGCUCCAAUAACUUUGGAAUGUCGUUUAAAUAUUGCUGCAGAAUCAGCAGAAGGUCUAGCUUAUCUACAUUCAAAAACGACAAACACAAUUUUACAUGGCAAUGUGAAACCAGCUAAUAUACUUUUGAAUGAUACCUUCACACCAAAGAUCUCUGACUUUGGUAUCUCAAGGCUGAUUACGACAGGUAAAGAGCACACGGAUUGGGUCAUUGGUGACAAGACUUAUAUGGAUCCAGUAUAUCUACAGGACGGGCUACUAACUGAUAAAAGUGAUGUCUAUAGUUUUGGAGUUGUCCUCUUGGAGCUCAUAAGUAGGAAGAAGGCCACUUAUGUUGACAAUAAUAGUUUGGUAAGGAACUUUUGCAAUGCUCACAAAAAUCAAAAGGAAGCAACCGAGUUAUUUGAUAAGGAAAUUGCAAAACCAGAAGUUUUGAAACUUCUUAAUAGUCUCUAUGAGAUUGCAAUGAAUUGUCUAAAUCUUGAUGUGGACAAAAGGCCGAACAUGAUAGAAGUAGCAGAGAGUCUUCUGAUGUUGAAGAGAUCUUGGAACAAUACAUUGAUAGGUCAUGUGUCAAUUGAUUGA